AGUAGCAACUAUGGACAACGUGGGCAGUGGUUAGCUCCUUAUUAUUAUAGAAUAUUCUGCAUCAUACAUUUUAAUUCUUAUUCAUGAGGUUUUUGAACAAUGUCGAGCGUUGACUCUUGUAUUACAGAUUUUCUUAAAGAUGUUUAUAGGUUUUUGUAUUUCACAUUACAAAAAGAAGCAUUAACAAGCUUGGCUAAUUCUCAGAAAGAAAGUUUACUAUCUCAACUGCAUGCAAUUCAAGUGGAUUACCCUUGUCUACAGAUACAGUUAUGCUCAAAGUCAGAAGAUGAAACUGAACCAAAAGAUGAAAGACGUCUAGCUGAAUCAUGCACAUCAUCAAGUCCUGUGCCUUAUAUUGAUAUGAAUGGAGAAAGUUUUGGAAUCUUGCCCACAAAUGCUCUUAAUCCAGAAAAUUUUGAUUGUGAAAAAGAUAAAGAUAUAUCUGAAAAUCAUUCUCUCACUGAAUCUGAAGACUAUGCAUCUGAUGAAGCAAAAGGUGUUCCAGAAGUUGCUGCUAGCGAUUUAUGUGCAUGUGAAAAAUCUGGUUAUUUAGAUAAGAAGAAGAAGAGAGAUGCAAUAAAAGGGUGGUUAAAUCCAUUUCAGAAGAGAUGGUGUGCAAUUAAAGAUGGAAUUUUGUAUUAUUUUGAAAAAACCUCUGAUCGUAAGCAAAAAGGAUGCAUUGUUCUUGAAGGAUAUGAAGCUAGACCUGUAAUAGAAGAUAAUAAAGAUGGCAAAAAGUAUAGUCACUGCUUUGAACUUGUAUGUCCAGGAAAACGAACUUACCAGUUUUCUGCAACAUCUGAAAAAGAUGUUCUGCAAUGGAUUCAAGCUGUGCAGCACAACAAUAAAGUAUCAGAUUCAGGAAAAAUUUGUACAAUAAAUGCUCCUCUUGAAACCAAGCAGAAACAUUCAAAAACUGAUGCAGUUUAUACUGCUGAAGAUAUUUAUGAGACAGUAGAUGAAAAUUCUGAGGAAAAAUCGGAGGAUCAUGUGACUCAGGUGCCUGAGGAAGAUGAAGACUAUUCUGAUGCAGACAUUUUGCAUAGUUCAAAUAUUUUCAAUUAUAAUGAAUGGUAUGUGGGAUUGUGGGAUUGUUUUGGAGCUGAUGAAUCUGAGUUAAGUUUUUAUCGUGGGGAUCUUAUCCAUAUUAUCAGCAAAGAGUAUGAUUCAUAUGCUUGGUGGGUAGGAGAACUACAAGGUAAAACAGGAUUUGUGCCUAAGUCAUACCUAAUGGAGGCAUAUGAAGCGUGCUAAACCAAUCUGAAUGAAUAUUACCUAAAAAUGAAAUUUUUCUGUGUUAUUGGAAAAAAAGGAACAUAGAUUCUAUGUUAUGUUGUAUUAUCUUGCUAUGUACCGAAGAAAUUAGAAGAAAAUGAAAAUUUUAAAAUAUGAAUAAAACUGUGAGGACCAGCAACAGGCUCUGUUCCCAGUUAAGCUGACCCUAGUCUAUUUAUUAUUCCCCAAUGAAGAUCAAAUGUCCUGUUAAAGCUAUCCACCCCCUUGCUCAUUACCGCCUCUUCCAGCAAGCUGUUCCAAGUGCCCACGACCCUACUAAAGUAGUAAUUUUUCCUUAUUUCCGAGUUAGCCUGAGAUUUGAAUAGCUUAAAACAAUGACCCCUCGUCCUGCUUUCCAUGCAAAAAUUUAAUCUGUUAACAUCUUUCAUGUUCUUCCAAAAGUUUGUUUUUGUGGUUCCUUUUUAGGAACAAAGAAUUUUCAAGUGUUUUAAAAUAUCAUUACAGCAUACGAGUACUAGAAAGGAAAGCAAGUACUAGCUUGUU